AUGGAGAGGGGAGCGUGGGUCGAGGGGAACUACAGCACGGGGCGUGAGGAGCGGCCAGCCCGGGAGGGCAGUGCGUGGAUCGCUUCCUUCCUCUGUCUGAUCAUCGCACUGACUGUCGCCGGCAAUUUCCUUCUCAUCCUCCUGAUCUUUACGCAGCGCUCCCUGCGCAACACCUCCAACUACUUCCUCGUGUCCCUCUUCAUGUCCGACCUGAUGGUGGGUCUGGUGGUGAUGCCGCCGGCCAUGCUGAACGAACUGUACGGGAGGUGGGUGCUGGACCGGUACUUCUGCUCCGUCUGGUCCUCCUUCGAUGUGAUGUGUUGCAGCGCUUCCAUCCUCAACCUGUGUGUCAUCAGCUUGGACCGGUUCCUGCUCAUCACCUCGCCGCUCAAGUACAAGCUGAGGAUGACCCCGGGCAGAGCUUUCUUCCUCGUCUCCACCACCUGGACCUUGGCCGCACUGGCCUCCUUCCUGCCCAUUGAGAUGGGGUGGCAUGAAGUGGACUUUGAGGUCCAGGCGUCCAACUCCACGUCCGAGGUGGAAGUUGAGGAGAGCCAGUGCCGGCUCCUGGUCAGUCUGCCCUACGCACUCAUAGCCUCGUCUCUCACCUUCUUCCUGCCCUCCGUCGCUAUCUCCUUCACCUACUGCCAGAUCCUGUUGGCCGCUCGGCGACAAGCUGUACAGGUGGCUUCUCUGACCAGCAACGUGGCCACUACAUUUGACCAGGUCGGGGGAACUCGGAAUCCGUCGGCUGGAGGCAGCGACGGCAGAAAAUUCACCAGCAAACACAGCAGGCGGGCCCUGAAAGCCAGCCUGACGCUGGGGGUUUUACUGGGGAUGUUCUUCGUGGCCUGGCUGCCCUUCUUUGUGGCGAAUGUGACGCAGGCGGUCUGCGACUGUGUCCCGGCCUUGCUGUUUGACGUGCUGACCUGGCUGGGUUACUGCAACAGCACCGUCAACCCCAUCAUCUACCCUCUCUUUAUGCGGGACUUCAAGCGGGCCAUGGCCAGAUACCUGCCGUGUUUCCGGCGUUGGUGGGAGCGGCGGCCGAGCGUCGUGUCGUUCACCGGGAGAAACUCCAACAGCGGCCCCCGGCUUCCCCUCACCCUCAGAAACAUGCUGGCCCUUCAACCCGAGACCGACUCGGGCGACUCUGCCAUCCACCGGAGCGAUCCCAUCCCGACUCCGAGCGGCCAACAACACGAGGACAACCUGCCCGACACCGCUGGCGUGGACUCACUCCAUCUCUUCGACCUGGAACAGACGGAGCAAGAACUCCACAUCAACCAGCUCAACACGCCAAUAGACUGAAUCACAAGGCGCUGGAGGAACUCAACUGGUCAGGCAGCAUCUCUUGAGGACAUGGAUGGAUAGGCGACCUUUGCA